GUUUUUCCCCAGUUAUAAUAAACUCAUUCAUUUAUUCAGUAAUUAUUGAGUGUUCCCUAUGUGCCAGGCACUGUUUUAAGAGGUCAGGGUGCUAGCCUGGGAGAGUAUAGCCCCUAGGACAUAUGGCUGGGCUGGUGGGGGCUCCCUCUGGGACUGCUUUUCCUUGUCUUUAAAUAGUGUCAGCCCAGCUGGAGGCAGAGCACGUUGAGGGCAGACAGGUAACUGAUUCUGAGGCACCCCUGAACCACGGAGGCCUGUAGGGCUCCCUCACUGCCUCCUUGCCUUCCCUAGCUCCCCCCUACCCCAACCUUCUCCUGCCCUUCCCAGUUAAUAGCCUCAAUGUCCCAAGAGCCAGCUCCCCCUGCCCCCAUAAAAGACCUCACAGAGUGUCAGAUUGGUAGCAGGCCCGGAAGUUGUGGGACAUUCCUUGGGCUUCAAUCCUGGGCUGUUUAUUCUACAGGCCGGGCGGAGGGUGAGAAAGGAAAGGAAGAUGUUGCAAUCCACUCCAUCCACUGCGUCAUCUGAGGAGGGGAGGGCAGGGGCAAAGGCAGGACACCCAGACAUGGAGCCUGCCAGCUUUGUCAGUCCUGACUCAGGCCACCGAGCUCUCCACCUGCCAGCAGCCCCAGGAGAUGGAGCAGCCCAGCCCACGUGCCUGGCCUUCCGCCCCUGACUUCGCUUGAUAACGAACCAGAAACUGAAACAGGGUCAGGAUUCCCGGCCUGAAGUCAGAGAUGAGUCACUGCUGAGAGGAACUGCAGCGGCUGAGAAGUGGCACCAGAGAGGCAGGCGUGAGCUGAGGGCACCGAGACAGGCAGCACAUCUGAGGGUCCCAGUGGAGCAUGGCAAGUGGCACCGAGGUGGUGGCCAUGGACUGCGAGAUGGUGGGGCUGAGGCCCUUCGGGGAGAGUGGCUUGGCACGUUGCAGCCUCGUGGACCUCCACGGCACUGUGCUCUAUGACAAGUUCAUCCGGCCCGAGGGGGAGAUCAUCGAUUACAGAACCCCGGUCAGCGGGGUGACGCCUCGGCACAUGGAGGAAGCCACACCAUUUGCCGUGGCCAGGCUGGAGAUCCUGCAGCUCCUGAAAGGCAAGCUGGUGGUGGGUCAUGACCUGAAGCACGAUUUCAAGGCCCUGAAGGAGAACAUGAGCGGCUACGCCAUCUACGACACGUCCACCGACAGGCGGCUGUGGCGCGAGGCCAACCUGCAGUACUGCAGGCGCGUCUCCCUGCGGGUGCUCAGUGAGCGCCUCCUCGGGCGGCGCAUCCAGAACAGCAAGUCAGGACACAGCUCCGUGGAAGACGCCAGGGCCACGAUGGAGCUCUACCGAAUCUCCCGGCGGAUUCGAGACCACUGAGGGCUGCUUGCCCCACGGUUUGGGACUGAAGCUCGAUUCCCCAGGGAGUGGCGGCCUGCAGCUCUUCAGGACAGCAACUCACUUGCUUUCGUAAAAUGCAUUUUUAAUAGUAAAAUGACUAUAUUUUCUCUA